GCGAGAUACUCUUGUCUCCAGUCGGGCAUGGUUUUCUAUGACAGUUAAAGAAGGUAGACCAGGUCACACAUAAAGAAUGGUAAGUUAGACAAAAGACAAACAAGCAGCCGAGAACCGUGGAUGACUUUUGGGUAUAUGACGAAUGCAAGGUGCUCGAGCUUAUCGUCAUCCCGGGUCCUAACGUUGGUUAUCGUACCCCGAGGUUCAGCUAAUCCACUGCCUGGCAGGGGUAAUGAGCUGAGGUGGCACCCGUGAAGUGAACCCCCUAACCCUAGGAGUUCCGGGGGCACGGCCAUGUGUUACCUCAGGUACCUCGACUUCCAAGCUUCACCUAGCGUCUCAUUACCAGACAACCCAGUCCAGAGUCACGAUUGGGAGCUCAUACCAUUCACAACCCAGCAUGGAAACAUGACACACGAUGGACGUCGCUCAUCCCACAGCAGGCUGGGAACAGCUCGGUGAGCGUUUUUACCGCAAGAUCCAGCUCUACACCCAAAUAUUCGACCAGGACUUGGACCUCGACCACUAUUUGGUUGCCGGAGCUCCCUAUGCUGGCGCCAUUGCUCUCUACCGCGAUGAGGAAAAGCUGAUUGCAUUCCAACAAAACCGGCCCUCUAAACCCAGCAUCGACAUCUACAGUUGCGCCGGCAAGCUUCUCCGCCGCAUCAACUGGGAUCAGGGGCCCAUCAAAGGGUUGGGUUGGUCUGAGGAUGAGAAGCUCCUCGUAGUCACUGGAGACGGCACUGUGAGGUGUUACUAUGAUUUGCAGGGAGAGUUCACGCAGUUUUCGUUGGGAAAUGGCGCCGACGAGGCCGGGGUCAAGUCCUGCAGGUUUUACGCCCAUGGCCUUGUCGCUCUCCUAAACAACAACUCCCUUGUCUCCGUCUCGUCGUACGCCGAGCCUCGUCCAAAGCUCCUUGCGCCGGUCCCAGAGGGACAGGUUCAUUCGUGGAACAUCAUCCCGCCCGCCUACACCCUUUCGCGCUCCGUCGAGGUGCUCCUCAGCAUUAAUCAAACCAUCUACGUGUCGGAUGCUACCGAGUGCGAGGAUCGCUUUUUGGACAUCGGCCCGUUUACCCACAUCGCAGUGUCGCCGAAUGGGCGGUACUGCGCCCUAUACACGUCGACCGGCAAGGCCCAUGUCAUCACAAGUGACUUCCAGGACCGCUUGAGCGAGCAUGACUCUAGGUCCAAGAUCCCACCCAAGUACUUUGAGUGGUGCGGCAAUGACGCCGUCGUCGUUGCGUGGGAGGACGAGGUUCACCUCGUUGGCCCAAGUGGUUCCCUUGCCAAGUUCUUCUAUGAUAGCGGUCGAGUGCACAUUGUCCCCGACUAUGACGGGGUCCGAAUAGUCGCCAAUGACACCUGUGACUUUCUCCACCGAGUACCAGAUGUUACCGAAGAGGUGUUCCGCCUUGGCGCGGAUUCCUCUGCAUCCAUUCUCCUGGACGCCGUCGAGCAGCUGGAGUUGAACUCACCAAAAGCUGACGACAACAUACGCCUAAUCAGACCUAACCUCGUGGAAGCGGUAGACACCUGCAUCAACGCGGCUGGUCAGGAGUUCAGCGUCCAUUGGCAGAAACAGCUGCUCAAGGCCGCUUCCUUUGGCAAAUCCGUUCUCGACUUCUACAAUAGUGAUGACUUUGUGGAUAUGUGUGAGACCCUGCGAGUCCUGAACGCCGUCCGCUUCUUCGAGAUUGGACUGCCCCUAUCGUACGAGCAGUACCAGCGUCUCACGCCAUCAGGGCUCAUUUCCCGUCUCCUUAAUCGUCACGAAUACCUCUUAGCCCUCCGGAUAGCUGGCUACCUCCGGCUACCCACUGAUAAGAUUUACGUACACUGGGCCUCCGCCAAGGUACGACUGGGCUCCGAGGACGACGACGCCAUCUGCCGCAAGAUCGUCGAGAAGCUGUCAGGGAAGCCCGGCAUAUCCUUCGAGACAAUCGCUCGUGCCGCAUAUGAUGAAGGAAGAGGCCGGCUAGCCACGGAGUUGCUCAACCACGAGCCACGCGCUGGCCGGCAGGUGCCCUUGCUCCUGAGUAUGGAAGAAGACGAGCUGGCUUUGGACAAGGCCAUCGAGAGCGGUGACACCGACCUGGUCUACUUUGUCCUGCAUCAGCUCAAACGGAAGCUGCCCCUGGCAGGCUUCUUCCGCGUCAUCAACAGCCGGCCCACCGCCACUGCCCUGGUCGAGGCGGCUGCGCACCAGGGCGAUGAUGGUGGUGAUGGCCGUGAAGAUACCACGCUGCUCAAGGACCUGUAUUACCAGGACGACCGCCGCCUGGACGGGGCAGCUGUGUUUCUCCGCGAAGCCCUGCGCCAGCCUGAAAGUCGGACGACGAGUGACAAGCUCUCGCUGGCAACGAAGCUCCUCUCGGACAACGCCAAGGAGCAUGCGUUUGAGCUGGGUGCUCUCAAGGAAGCGUCCACGCUCCUGCGGAUGCAGGAGGUGUUUGACCGCGAUCUGACUGACAACUUCACCGGGCUGUCGGUCAACCAAACCAUGUUUAAGCUGAUCCGGCUUGGAUACCACGGCAGGGCAAAGAAGAUCCAGAACGAGUUCAAAGUACCAGAGAAGGUGGCCUGGUGGAUUCGACUCCAAGCACUGGUCGCAAAGCGCGACUGGAACGAGCUGGAAGAAAUCUCUCGCCAACGCAAAAGCCCCAUCGGCUGGGUGCCAUUCUUCAACCAGAUUCUCCAAGCGGGCAAUCCCCGCCUGGCAGCGACCUUCAUACCCAAGUGUACGGGCCUCGAGCGGGGCCAGACGAUCACCAUGUACGAGAAGUGUGGGAUGCGCGUCAAGGCGGCCGAGGAGGCUGUCAAGAUGAAGGAUAUCGAGGCUUGGAGCAGGUUGCUCGAGGCUGCGGGACGGGGUACCACCGAGGGUAGGGAGAUUGAGAGGUUGGGUUUAGCUGUGUUUAAGAAGUGAAUGAAGGACUCGUCUAGUCGGAAGGCAUGCAGCGUGUUGUGGUCUCAUCCCGUUAUACAUCGCGUACUGUAUUGGUGUGGGCGUUCUGUUGGACAGCAACAAUUACAGGCUCGAAUAGGCAUAGACCAACCAGGUGAUACUGCAUCAAUUGAGGCACAAGAUGAAGCUU